GUCCAAUACUUUUUGGGUGAUUUGAUGUUCGGAAUAUGCCAAAGUUACUGUUCUGGAGCACUGUGAAAGAAGAGAAAGAGGAAAGCUUUUUGUUUUUCUUCUUCUUUCUCUCUCCUGCCCGCCCUGCCCGCCUCCUCUGUUUUCAAGCCGCCCAGCCUGCCCCAACAGUGAAACAACUUUUCUCUUAAGCAGCAGAGUCCUCUCUUUCCACGCCUUCUCUCUGUAUCUGUGGCCUUUUUGACCAUUUGGGUCUGAUACUCUGAUUCAAAUUCAGCUCCAACUCACAUUUCUGUGAGCUUUUUUUGGGUUGCAUAGAAGUUGGUUUGAAAUGGGUUUUGUUUGGUAUGUCAAAUUUGUGAUGGGUUUGGUAAAGGUCGGAACUUUUUCGAUUUUGACCAUCUGCGUCUGAUUCAGUUUGAGUUGCAACACACAUUUCUGUGAGCUUUCAGAGUUUGCAUAUUGGUCUGUUCGAAAGGGGUUCUUUGUGGUAUGUGAAAUCUCUGGGUCUGUGACCUAUGGGAGUCUGAAUCUGGAAGAGUUUGUAAAGAUGGGUUUGUUAAAGGUGGAGACUUGGGAUGGGAGCAAAUCAAAGGGAAGGAAGAAGAAGAAGAAGCAUGAGGCUGUGGAGGAAACUGGGUGUUGCAUUAAGUUCUCUUUUGGGAUUUGCAUGCCUUCUUCAAGAUCCAAAGUUGAUAGCACCAUGACUGGGACUACUAUAUCUUUUGCGGAAACUAAAUCUUCAAAUGAAAAAAGUAGAGAUCGAGACCUUACUCGUGGAGGGUCCUCUACAACUACUAGUAAUGCUGGAAGUACUACAUCCACACCCUAUUUCAGUGAGGAACUGAAGGUUGCUUCUCAGCUGCGGAAAUUCACAUUUAAUGACCUUAAGUUAGCAACUAGAAACUUCAGACCGGAGUCUCUUCUUGGGGAGGGUGGAUUUGGUUGUGUGUUCAAGGGCUGGAUAGAGGAGAAUGGAACUGCUCCUGUGAAGCCUGGUACUGGGCUUACAGUCGCAGUUAAGACCCUCAACCAUGAUGGACUUCAGGGUCACAAAGAAUGGCUUGCUGAAAUUUAUUUUCUUGGUGAUCUCAUCCAUCCAAAUUUGGUAAAAUUGAUUGGUUACUCCAUUGAAGAUGAUCAGAGGUUGCUGGUUUAUGAGUUUUUACCGCGAGGAAGUUUGGAAAACCACCUAUUCAGAAGGUCCCUGCCUCUUCCUUGGUCCAUUAGAAUGAAAAUUGCACUUGGUGCUGCAAAGGGUCUUGCCUUUCUUCAUGAAGAAGUUCAAAAACCUGUCAUAUACCGUGACUUCAAAACAUCUAAUAUCCUAUUAGACGCGGAUUACAACGCGAAGCUCUCGGAUUUUGGACUUGCCAAAGAUGGUCCUGAAGGUGAUAAGACUCAUGUGUCUACGCGAGUCAUGGGAACCUAUGGUUAUGCAGCCCCAGAAUAUGUGAUGACUGGACAUUUGACAUCAAAGAGUGAUGUCUACAGUUUUGGAGUAGUCCUACUUGAAAUGCUAAAUGGAAGAAGAUCCAUGGAUAAAAAUAGACCAAAUGGAGAACACAAUCUUGUGGAAUGGGCGAGACAACUUUUUGGAGACAAGAGGAGGUUAUUCCAGUUAAUUGACCCCCGGCUCGAAGGCCAUUUUUCAAUCAAGGGUGCACAAAAAGCUAUCCAACUGGCUGCCCGCUGCCUCAGCCGUGACCCAAAAGCCAGACCAAUGAUGAGUGAAGUUGUUGAAGCCCUAAAGCCUUUACCAAGCCUCAAGGACAUGGCCAGUUCUUCUUAUCACUUUCAAACCAUGCAAGCAGCUCGUACCAGAGCCAACUUGAAUGCUAAGAAUGGCAUUAGAACACAAGCAAUCUUUGUACCGAGGAAUGGACAACCGGUAAGGAGCUUGUCAAGCCCAAAGGGUCCUCCCGCUUCUCCAUGUUAUCCUCAGAAAUCACCUAAACCUAACUCGAAAGAAUGACAUAUGGCUUUAGUUUUCUGUAUGCAUAUUAUCUUAGAUUUGACUAUCCAAUUGUGACAGCUUCAAAUUGUUUGGUCAAUUAUAGCACAAAAUAAGUCUUUCCUUUCCCUUUCUGAAUAGUUCUAUUGCUGUGUACCUGCCAGCAUCUGACUGUUAAAUGAAGGUAAAAGCCUCUUUGCGUGUA